UUUUUUUUUUUUUUUUUUUGUAUCCUGGGUGGUUCAUAAAAAUUGUGAUCGUUUGCUGGUGCAUGGUUUACAUAUUUCAGUGAUCUGUUACUGAUUUAUUUCCUCAUACGCUUCAAUUGGUUUAUUAAAAAUGUGAUCUUUUGAUAGUUCAGGUUUUUAAAUACUUUGAUUUAUUGAAAUCGCGAUCGAUUCUCACUUUGAUUUUGACUGUAUUUGUUUAAGAAAUUGGCUUCUUGUGCGAUGUUUCUUAGCCAUGGAAACAGAAUAAUUUAUUUUUUUCUCAAUGUUUCUAAUUUGAUUAAAAACUUCUUUAACUCGAAUUACGCUGAAUUAAUGUCUUCUUAGCUGGAAAAUUACUUAGAUCUUUGUUUAUUUAUAUUAAAGUAUAUCGCAUAGCAACGUAAAAACAUGACACACAGUAGAGUCUAAUGAUAUUAAUUGAACUUAAAUUAAGAUAUCUCCCAAUUAAGUUGCAUCAGCGUAAUUAUCAACAUAUAAUUGGUUGCACCAUGAACGAAAUAUAUUGAUAAAACACUAUCUUGUACGUUGCACGCAGAACUUCAGUGAUCGAGCCUUAUCGCCACGCUUUCGAGCUUCGACUUGUUACAUUAUCUUGUCGAAUCGCCACAAUUGAAGUCAAAAGUAUCCAGAGAAAAACUCGAAUUAACUGUCGUGAACUUUGGAAGAAGCGAUAUUACGAGCGCAAUCAAAAGCAUUGCAAUAUCAAGUAUUUUGAAAGAGAAUUUAAUCAAAAGUAUCACGGAAUUGAAAUAAAGAGAGGCAUAACUUCCGCAAACAUGUUCUCUUGUAUUUGCAUUUUCCUUUGAAUCGCCAGCAAAAGAAGGAUAUUUGCGAGCGUGAAGUAGUUAAAAGAAGAAUGUCCAUCGUGCGCGUCUGAAAUUGAAAACUUCUCCAUCGAUCAAAAGCGUCAAAAUCUACGUGUCGCGAUAUAAAAAAAAGAAAGGAAAAGAAAAAAAAAAACUGUAAAUUUACGGGAUGGCGGCGUUUCCACUCGCCGGCUGGGAAUCUCCUGGACACAGCCUGGGAAUAUCCUGUCAGAACUCUCGCAUUCCGGAUCGCCGAGUCGGAGUUAUGAAAUACCGAAGUGGAAACGCUCGAGCUGCCAUGAGAGCACCAAGAUCAUCCAGCGCGGGCACGAACAAUCUGCCACCGUUGAUGUUCCAUCAUGUUCACGGUGAGAAUAUCAGACUCUGCAAUGGCGGAACCAUCGCCAGAAGAUACGAAAGCUUCUGCAGAGGCAUCACGUUCAGCGCUCGACCCGUUCGGGUUGGCGAAAAGGUCUGUGUCAAAUUCCUCGAGAUCUCGGACAACUGGAGCGGCGUGAUCCGGUUCGGUUUCACCAGCAACGACCCGAUCAACCUGCGAAAUGGCCUUCCAAGGUACGCCUGCCCGGACCUCACGAACAAACCCGGCUACUGGGCGAAGGCCAUGGCCGAGAGGUUCGCCGAAAGGGAUACGGUGCUCUUCUAUUACGUCACAUCCGCCGGAGACGUGCACUUCGGCGUGAACGGCGAGGAAAAGGGCGUGUUCUUCAGCGGCGUGGAGACACGGGGCCCUUUGUGGGCAAUCAUCGACGUGUACGGCAACAGCACUGCCAUCGAGUUCGUCGAUCCCAACAGGCAACACUUCAACAACAUCAGGAGAGGCACCGAGCACAGCAACGAAGAUAACGCGCAACACAGCAGGCACUCGGCCAUGGACGACGCGAGCAACGCGAGCAGAGACGUCGAGAGGAUCAUCGUUUCGUCCAUGCAGGGCAUUUCCAUCCAUCACGAGCCCGAUGUCGAGCUACCUGGACUCAGGUUUCAGCCGGCCGGUGUCAUCUUCACGCCGCUACCCUUCCACUCAACCCGAGGCAGGAACAUCCGCUUCAGUAACCAGCAGUGCGUGGCGACGCGGACCGACACGGAAUUCUGUCACGGCUAUGCGUUCACAAACCAGCCGUUGCUACUGGGCGAGCGAUUGGUCGUGCAGAUCCUCGCCACAGAACCCAUGUACGUUGGCGCUCUGGCUCUAGGUCUCACUUCUUGCGACCCAGCUCGACUGACCCCUGAAGACCUGCCUGACGAUAGCGAUCUCUUGCUGGAUCGUCCAGAGUACUGGGUAGUCUCGAAGGAUGUCGCGUCGAGUCCUCAGCCUGGCGACGAGAUAGCCUUCACGGUGACUCACUUCGGUGAGGUUCAAAUGAGCAAGAACGGCGGGCCGCCAAACGUGGUGAUGCACGUGGACCAAAGUCUUCAGUUGUGGGCGUUCUUCGACGUGUACGGUAGCACGCAACGUGUCAGAAUGCUGGCCGAAAGACCCACGUCGCCACCGAGACAACGCCAAAGCAAUCCAUCGCCAGCCACCAUCCUGCAACAGCAGCAGCAGCAGCAACAACAACAGCAACAACAGCAACAUUGCAAUCACAGUAACGCAGCCACCGAACUGUCCAGAUUUUCCGAGAUGGUUCAGUUCAAACCAGCCAUCGGUGGUGGCACCGUGUUGGUUGUGAACCUUCCCCCUCAGACUAGUUACGUUACACCGUCCUCGUCAACGCCACAGCCCACGUACGUCUCUGCUGGACACAGGAAUCAACACGUGCACCUUCCAGCGGUCACCGCUACGUCGUCCACGGCGUCCACGUCGCACCCCGGAUCUUCCAGACAGUCCUCGCCGCCUCUAACAGGCACCAUGGCCAGUACAGGCUCGUCCACGUACGUGGAGCCGGUGAAUUAUCAAAGUCUCGACGGUACACUCACCUCGCAGGCAUCCUCCCACUUGCAGCAAUGGAGCGAGGGCCUGCAACCUACGCCCGGGCAACCGAACGAAUGCUCGGUCUGCUACGAAAGAAGCAUCGACAGCGUGCUGUACAUGUGCGGUCACAUGUGCAUGUGCUACCCUUGCGCGAUCCAGCAAUGGUGCGGCAAAGGUGGCGGACACUGCCCACUCUGCAGAGCGACCAUCAGGGACGUGAUCCGUAUCUAUAGAUCCUGAACGACGGCGCAGCCACUCCGCGGGAGGAACGGUUCCAGGGGCUAAUUGACGCCCGGUCAAGUCGCGCUAGUACGUCUUCUCGGAACAAGCAAACGCCGUAGCUUCGUCACACGAUUCACCAUCUGUGACAGCGUGCGACAUUUUUCAAGUUCUCGUCCGCGAAGAAGCAACGCUCAGAAUGAACGUGUACGGCGAACAUCUUCGGCAACGAAGAGGUUGCAGAAGCCAAGCCCAACUGUUCUACUGCCGAUUCUGAGAUUUGGUCCCGUUUGGUGGGGACCGAAGGUUGAGUUGGUCACGAGGUUCUCAGGAUCUUAGAACUUUAGGAAACGGCGAAGACGCUGUCGGAAAUAAUAUCUCAGAUGUGGAGGGAAGAGAUUAGUCGCGUCUAUUGCCACGAAAAUCAUUAGCAGGACUGCGAGACGAGAACACGUGGAGUAUCUUUGUUCGUCGGCGGUUUUGCUAUCCUCGUAAACGUCAAUGAGAUUCGCUCAGUGUCGCCCAAAACUGUUCUAUUUCGUUUCGCGAGCGAGUGAUGCGAAGAUUCUGUGUACGCGUGUACGCCUUUGAGCUUUUGACAGAGAACAAAACGAAUGAGAGUGAGACGUAUGAGAGAUGAAGAAGCGAAUGAGUGAAGAAACUAGGAAAGAAAGAGAGUAAUAUUGAUCUUAGAUAUUUUCACAAUCGACAUUAUACAUAUAUGUAUAUAUAUAUAUUAUAUAUAUUAUAUACUAUAUAUAUAUACUAUAUAUAUAUAUAUAUAUUAUCGCUACCGUUACUAUCAUUACCACUUACUGCUGCUACUAUUCUCUCAAGCCUUUAGUUAUUAUUUUUAUUUGUACGAUUAGUAAUAUUAUCAUGAUUCUGCAACGACAAUACCGGUCGUAAUGUUAUUCUUGUAUGGAGAAAGUAACCUUGAUGAUGGAUACCAUUAUUUUUUAUCACUCCGGUGUAAUCUCGAAGAGAGGUCACCUGGAUCUUUAGUCGAAAUCGAUCGUGGUGUCGUUCUAUUUUAUUUAAUGAUUUAAAAGAAAAAUAAACAAAAAAAAAAAAAAAAAAAAAAAAAAAAAAAAAAAAAAAGGAAACGCUCGUGUGUUUGGUGAAACAUGCGCCUAGGGCGCGGUUAGAUUUAUGUCGCUUUCACACCCCCAUCUGGGUUCUUAUGUUAGUCGUUCUUUUUUUUGACUCUUUCGUCUCUCGAUUCGCUCGCGCAGAGUCGGAACGAUCGCGAUUUUAUUGUUGUGUGUCCUCGAGCUUGCAAGACGCCGCGAGUGCGUCCCUUCCUCGUUUGUUACUUUCGACAAUAACGUGCUUGGACAUGUAACGUGUAUAACUUUGAAGUUGUUGACGGUUCGAGCGACCAUAAGUAACUGCGUCGUGUGUAUAAAAACGACUGCUACGUAUAAAAAAAACGUCGUACGUAUUACCAAAGAAACAACGCGACACGUAUAUGAUUCCUCCUCCGCUCUGCGUAUGUUUCGACACGGAACUCGCACGCGCGCUCCUCCACGCAGCCAGCCUUAAAUGGACGAAUGAGUUUUUGAUACGUUUUAGAAUUUAGCGUUACCGUUUUCUACCGAAUUCGCGCGCCCCUCCCAUACACGCAAGAAACGUUAUUACACGGAGAAAAACAACGUAAACUCGUCCCUGGCAGUUGCAACAACGCGAAUCCUGGCGACGCGUUUAAUUGGAAUAACUGCGAGGACCGAGGCAUCCAAUUGCAAAUUGUAUUCCUUUGGAGGAUGUAACUUUUCAAUAUCGUAGAAUUCUUUACGGAAGAUUGUUCCACGUGGUGUAUUUGAUAUGAAUUUUAUCAUCUUAUAUCAUUGAUUUACAUACAUUUGCUAGCGUUGUAACAAAAGAUGAUCCAACAACGUUCAAGGAUCAGUUAUAUCAAUAUGCUACAAUAACGAUAAUAUUAAAGAAAGUCCAACCGAUAAUACCGAUUUACGUGACGUUCUAGUCUUUCAGAAAGAUACAGUUGCGAAUUGCGAAACCUCCGGAACCACCGUGAAUCGAGAAAGCGAAAAAAAAGCCUAGAAUCGUUCGUGUCACUCUUGUUCGGCGUAAGAAGCGGUCCAGCGAGACGCUAAACAUAUCUCUAACUGCAGACCUCCGCGUUGCAUUUCCUAACUUCAUUAACGACAAAAGUACAAGCCAAGUUACUAUACACUAGAUUGCGUAGCGUUCUAAGGGGAGAAAAAAAUGUUUAGAGGCUUUUAUCAGUGUUGACGACUAAAAUGGAAUUAUUUGAGGCGCUUGAUAGCCAAGCGGACGUUGGCUUGGCAGCCAUCGAACUUUCGUUCCGACUCUUUAACUCCGAUAAAAAAAAAACGGUACCUUACCUUAUUCUUAACUGACAAUUGCGUUUCGAUCGUCGAUCACGAUCCAACAUCUCUCGGCUAUCGAGUCUCUCUCAUUUGUUAUGGACUAAAAGGGAUUUAUAGAAUCUCGUAGCGUCUCGCUCCGACCACGUUCUGUCCAUGACCUGUCUGGCGAUCGUAGCGAGCGUUUUGCCAAUUGUAAUUUGCCUGGACGAGUAAUAUUACUGCCCCCUCCCCUCUCCACGAAGUUCGCGCCAAUUCGCCUCGACGCGAACGGAGUUUAUCGAGUCGACUGACCGUGGAACGAUAAACGACGAUCUCGUUUCACGGUCUGUCGAGUUCUACUGAGGAGGAUCUCAUCCUCGUCGCGUGAGAUCGCUUUAUUUUCGUACAGCAAGUUGAGACGAUGCCGAGGACUGGCGGCCUCACGCGGAAGACGCCAGAAAAUCCAAGAGAAACGACAAGAAAAAAGAAAAGAAAUGAAACACAAAACGAAGAACGAAGAAGCGAGAAGAAUGAUGUGUCCUAAUGACGAUCCGAGAGACGAGCGUCCUCGUGGCCGUGCCUUAUAGACAGUUUUGCCGACAGUCGGCAUCUCGCGUCGUGCGACUCGCGCUUUGCUCGUUCGAGCGUCCUCCUAUCGAUCGACGGAGAUCGCCCUGGCCAGAAGUUCGUCUCCCGAUCAUUCGUUCCGGGUGGGCCGUUGCUCCGCAACGAUCGGCCCCGUUCAGCCCAACUCGCAGAUUAAAACGUUCGCGAGGGUAAGAAAGAAACGAGCAACGCAAUCGUUUUGCUGUUUAUCACAUUGGUACACUCGUUUGGGACUCGUUUAAUUCUCGAUCGACGUCGUAUCUGUGAUGCGUUUUAAUGGGAGUAGGGAAGAUUGUAGGGAAAUGAGAGGUUGGUCUGAUUUUCUUCCGAGUUUUUUUUUUUUUUCUUUUGUAAUGAAUUUAUUUUUCAUUGGAGGUAUUUGACAUUACGUCAUUGGUAUUUGGAAUUGCACAAAACUGCGAGGUGCGUUAUAUGUUUUGCCUAAACACGUAUCGACAAUAAUCAAAUGCGUUUCAAUGCCAAGGAACAAGCGUUAUAUAUUACAUUGGGUUGCACGCGAAAUGCACGUGAAAAUUCACGUAACGCGUGUUUGUACGCUUGAAAUGUAUCCUUUACGCGAGAAACGUACAGACACGCGACUGCCACGUCACCGAGUCUAGUCUCUACGAAAUUCAACGACCGACGUUUUAUUAUUUUCCCACGCCGCGCAGGUGAAAAUCAACUUUCAAUUUGUCGCUCGUGCCAGCAGCAAACGCAUCACAAAGCGCGAGCAUUCAUUCAGCGUGUUCAAUGCGUUCAAUCGGAAGGAGAUCGAGGUUGCUCGUUCAACGAUUCUCACAACGCGAUACCGAAGAAAUCCGGCGAGAAAAGAAAAAAUAAUUGAAAAAUACUUGAGCGUCUCUUUCCACCGAGAAACAAAUUGCCCGUGGACGCACUUUGUUCGUGCAGUGAAGGAACGCUCGUGAGUAUAUAUAUAUAUAUAUAUUUAAAACGGGAAAGGAAGAAUCGCUGGAGAGAGAAAGAAUAAGAAAGAAAGAAGGAUCGAAGUAGACCGAUUGCGAAAAACGGUGGAAAGAAAAGAAAAGAGAAGAGAGAGACGUCACAUCACAGACGUCAAAUUGGGAUUGCGGUGUUAGAAACGCGCGUUCCGCGAGAGGAAGAAACUCGGAAAGAGAUUAGAGACACAACGAGUGAAAGAGAAAAGAAAAACUGUAUCGUCGGACAAUGGAUGUCGGGCAAUAAAGCAGUAGUGAAAUGUCUAGUCCAGCGAGCGGCAGCUUUAACUUGUCUGCUGAUCCAAAAAAGAAAUGAGAUGAUAAAUGAUGAUGAUAAUUGUAUUGGAAUUAAAGAGAGAGAGAGAGAGAAAGGUGAUCUUUAAACAAAACGAAACAAAACAAAAAGAAAAGAAAUAACGGUUAAGUAUGUACGAGAGUAAGAGUGAGAGAGUGUGGAACGGUCGCGCGAGUGCAUUUGUAUGGUGAGUAUGAGAAGAGAACGAGAGAGUGGAGAGAAAUUUUAUAUAAAAUACAAAGUUUUAAAUGAAAGAAAGUUUGCUGAUUAUUAUCGCGCGUGUCGAGCAGAGAUCAUACGAAGCCACGCGACACACGCAACGAGAAUCUUUUUAUUAGGAUACUCUAUUUACGAUAGGAUCAUAAUAGUCGUAAUCGCGCUCGACUUCGAUGAAAGGUGUCAGAGGCGAAACGUCGUUCAAUAUUCGCUCUUCCUGUUUCGCGUUACUAUGUCGAACGUUUGUAAAAAUGUGGAGAAAAAAUGUAGAAAGAAGAAGGAAGUGAGAAAAGAUGAAGUUCAUCGCCGUUCAACGUGAACCUAACUAACGAACAGAAAUGAUCGAUAGGUAGGCGUUCCUUCGCCGAUGAAAACGAUAUAUCUAGACGAAUAUAUAUUCCUAAGAAUCGAAUGAACAGACGCUGUCGUUAAUGCCACCGGGUCAUUGUCGUCGUGACACUUAUUACCAUUGUAUAUCGGUGUACCGAUCGAUCGAUGUCUUUUACUUUUUGUCAUCGUCGUUGUGGUUCUUCUCACAUUUCCUUCCCCGCCCUCAUCAUCCCUCGCCGUUUUUCUUUUUUUCAUCGUAAGUUCAUCGUUUGGUUUUUUCCUUUAUUUUUUUUUUUUUUUUUAUAUAAUAGACGAACUCGAUUAGCAAGUUGGAAUUUCCUUUUUUCUUGAUUGAUUGUCACGCGCGGGGACGCUGUUCCAGGUCCUCUCUUAUUUUUUAUUACUAUUUUUUUAUUAUUAUUACUAUUAUUGAUAUUAUUAUUAUUAUUAUUAUUAUUAUUAUUAUUAUUAUUAUUAUUAUUAUUAUUAUUAUCGUCAUUAUCAUUAUCUUUAUUAUUAUUAUUAUUAUUAAUAUUAUUAUUGCCUUUUUUCUUGCACCACUCAGCGAGAUAAGCAUAAAAAAAAAAAAAAAAGAAGAAAAAGAAGGAAGAAGAGCAAUUUCGAAGCGUAUAUGAAUGCGAUGGGAAGCGCGAGGGCGCGUAUACGCGUUUUCAUAUCAGGUGUGCUGUCCGUUACGUCGUGGUUUGGGAAGAAAGAGAAUGGUAGAAAAGAAAAAUGAAAAAAGAAAAAAAAAAAAAAGUAAAGAUGUCACCCUUGUCCCGCCCUUCGAGAUUGAAAGAUGAUUCUAUGUGCGAUAAGAGUUCUCUGUAACUAAAGCUAUCGAUUACGAAUUUAUACAUAUGUAAUAUAAUUCGUGUAGCCGCGUGCUGUCCUACACAAUAAAAAGCCUGUAAUAUCUAUGAA